UCAAGAAGGGUAAAUCCCAAACACACUACCAUGGGUGGCGCGCGGCGCUGCGGCAAUCAUCGACAACGACGAGAUGUUGAUGCGACAAGACUUCCACAUGGAGCGUGCUUAGCGCGACGAAGACUCGCGCGAGAACGAGGCGACGCGUGGAACCUUGCGACAUGGAAGCGGUUUUCGAUCCGUGCACAGCAGCCAGCCCGUCCUGUGAAUCGUCAGGCGCCGUCGAUGGGCUCGGCAAGCCCACCGAGUUCUAACGUAGAAUCCAUGGAACCGUCCCCUCGACAGUCUUUGCCUGGUAAACCCUUGCAACGGUCUGCUGCGAGCCAAAGGCGCUUCCACGCCCAUGUGGCAACGAUUGAAGCGAGACACCGCCUGACCGACCCUGUACAGUCCCCCUCCGCACCUGUUGCUGUCGUGUCAGCGUCAUCCUCGGCGAACUAUCUCCAUGAAUGGUCAGACGGUUCCAAGCAUCGCUUGCCCGAGGACUUUCAGUACGAUAAUAUGGGUUGCGACACCCUGUGGAUCAAGUGGUUCCACGGAGCGCCCAAGCGGCGCAUUGGGCCGUAUCGACAUUUCACCGUGGACGAUGUAAAAGGAGCUCUUAAUUGCAAGUACAUGAUGCGGGCGCGACGUGUGAUGGCGGAGUUGACGAGCAUUGCCGUAGCCACCGGAUUGGCCGCUUCAGAGGACGCCAUCACCCAGCUCCGGCCGCCAGAAUGCCAGAACGUCUUCAACGCCGCCUUUGCCCACCUCGAAAUUCGCCAAGCGGUCGGCGAGUGCGCCAAGCCUGUGCGUCGAAGCAGCACUUGUAAAACGUUCAUUGCGCUGGAUCAGCGGGACCGCAUGACACGAACGUUCGAGUGGGCCGACGGCACUGCACUGCACAGUGUCCCAGAGCACUGGACUCUGCCAAACUGGUCCUGUCUCAACAUAUGGCUGGCCUGGUUCCUCGGAGACCCGCAAAGUGGCGUUCGCCCCUUUCGACAUCUAUACAUUUUACCGAACCAGCAGCAGCAGCUUCAUUUGACCCGACAAGUUAUGGCCAAACUGGUGCAGAUUGCCUUGGGCAUGCAGUUGGCGGCGUCGGAAGUCGACAUCAGCAAGCUGUCCAAGUGGAAUAUCCAAAGAGUGUACCUGGAAGCGUUCGACAUACUCACGCAACGGCAUGUGCCCCCCGCGGAAUGUAGUAACAUCAACGCCAAAAAGGUCAAGGUAUCGACAUUGCACGCGAUUUUGCAAGCCAACAAUGCAUUUUGCUCAAUAUAAUGCAUAGUUAGUUACCUUUGGCUGUGAAAGCAGCAAGAAAGGUUGCGUCUAACACUAUCACAACAAAAAUCCCUGUACACAAGCUGAUAUUGCC